AUGACACCUGAGGAGUUACAAACAUUUUGUUUGAUUGAGAUCGAGAAACUCUUGCAAAAUAAUGGCAAAUCUUUGAAAGAUUAUGCUGGGAUGCCGCUACCUAAUGUGCAUUUGAUUUCUGCUUUCUCUAAUACUAUGGUUGUGCGUGAAAUGCAAUAUGAUAUAUCAGAGAUGUUGGCUCAGCAUGAUGAUUAUUUUGCUCAACUUACAGCUGAACAAGAGAUUAUAUACCAUGCCAUUAUUUGUCGUGUUCGCAACAAAGAACAUGGUUUCUUCUUUGCAUAUGGUUUUGGUGGAACAGGCAUGAAUGAAUUAAGAUUAUUCUCAUACUGGAUUCUUCAAGUUGGAGAAGGUAAAUGUGGUACAAGGAUUGAGGAUAGAGUCUUUGUUAAAAUUGCUUCAGAGUUGUUAAUUCCUAUCACUAAUGAUCCAAUUAUUGAUAUUAUUAUAGUCAUAUAUCCUAAUCUUUCUGAAAAUUUGAAUAAUUCAACAUAUUUUCAAGAUAGUGCUAUUCUUGCUGCAACUAUUGAAAUUAUUGAGGAGAUCAAUGAUCAUAUCGUAAAUUUACUACCAGGUGAGAUGAAAGAGUAUUUGAGCUCAAAUUGUAUAUGUGGUACCGAUGCUAAUGUUGAUAUUGAUCUUAAUUGGAUUAAUGUUGAGUUUCUAAAUCAAAUAAAAUGUUCAAGAUUGCCAAAUCAUUCUCUAAAGUUGAAAGUAGGUGCUCUUGUUAUUUUAUUGAGAAAUAUUGAUCCAGCAGGUGGUUUAUGUAAUGGAACUCGACUUAUUUUGCAUAGUCUAGGAAGAAAUGUAAUUAUUGCAGAUAUUGUUUCUGGAAGUAACGUCGGUGAUAGAGUUUUCAUUUCUUGA